UGGCAGUAAUGCAAUGUAAGUUGCGAUCCACCAAUCAACAGAAGAAGACGUCAUCGUCUCCAUGACCCGGAAGAUCUGCAGUUAUUUCUUGACACGUAUUUAGCGGUGUUGGCGGAAUCUCUGGUGUUUAACGGCUGCUUGCGAUGUCAGGGUUUGACAACUUCAACACAGACUUUUACCAGUCUAGUUACAGCGUAGAUGACCAAAACCAAGGAGGAUAUGACUACAGCAACACAGAAGACCCGUACAGCAAGCCGUACGGUCAGUAUGAUUACUCUCAGCCCAUGGGCUACUCGGCUUCUCCGGGAAUGAUGCAGCCUCAGCAGCCAUACACAGGGCAGAUCUAUCAGCCCACGCCAGCGUUCACACCUGCCGCUUCACAGUCAAUGUACAGCAGCAGCUUUGAGGACGAGCCCCCGUUACUGGAGGAGCUGGGGAUCAACUUUGACCACAUCUGGCAGAAGACGUUGACCGUGCUGCACCCGUUGAAGGCAGCAGAUGGCAGUAUAAUGAACGAAACAGACCUGGCUGGUCCCAUGGUGUUCUGUUUGGCCUUCGGGGCCACGCUACUCUUGACGGGUAAGAUCCAGUUUGGUUAUGUGUACGGUAUCAGUGCCAUCGGGUGCCUUGGCAUAUACUGCCUGCUCAACCUCAUGAGUAUGAUGGGGGUGUCAUUUGGCUGUGUGGCCAGUGUUCUGGGUUACUGUCUGCUACCCAUGAUCCUCCUGUCCAGUUUCGGUGUCCUCAUUUCCUUACAGGGCAUGAUGGGUAUCAUUUUAACAGCUGCCAUCAUUGGCUGGUGCAGCUUUUCAGCCUCUAAGAUCUUCAUCUCAGCUUUGGCCAUGGACGGGCAGCAGCUGCUAGUGGCAUACCCCUGCGCCCUGCUCUAUGGAGUCUUUGCCCUCAUCUCUGUUUUCUGAACUCUGAACUUUUUCUAAUGGACAAAAUGACCACCAAUACACAACACACACACAACCUUUAUUCAAGGACUUGUUUGUGAUAGCACCCAUCAUUGAGCGUUCAUAUUCUUAGAGAAUGUGGCAUUAAUUUCUCAUGCUUUAUUUUUGCUGGCCCUCCCACUCUUAGAACGGUUUGUGCUUGUUAUAUAAUGCAAGUUAAUACUCCGUUCAUCACAGCAUUCACUUUUUCCCUGCAAAAUAAUCUUUAACCAAGCCAGAAAAAAGUGUUUGUGUCGAAGAGAAGGAUGUGCUUUCAAUGCAAAGGGCUUGUCUCUCCUCCUACACAAUGUUUGAAAUGCAUUUGUGUUUUUACAUAGUGGCAUCUCACUCCAGAACAUCCUUUGCAAAGAAAACAAUAAUUGUUCUUUCUUUAAUUAGUUUUUUCUUCACAUUCCUAAACUACCAUUUGAUUGUUCAGCCUGUGUUUAUUCAGAUGCUUGAGUCAGAAAAGAGUGCUCACAUGGUGAAUACACAUCUUUUCUCACUAUUUCUGCCAUGUGCUAGUUAAAUUUAAAAUGAAAGGAAAAAAAAUCACACUUUUUCAUUUCUUUUGUAAGCCACAGUUCAAGGAUUUAUUACAGAUUGUUAUCCGUUUCUGUUGGCGUUAUGUGCGACAUUUUAACCAAUUAGUUAAAAACACAUUUCACCCACUCACUCAAUCUCAUGUCCGUAGGCUAGACUUUUGUGAUUCUUGAUUUAUUCACAUUAACAUAUUGAUAAGGGAUGCCUUAUUGAUAUUGUCAUCAUUUACUCAACCUCAUGUUGUUCCAGACAUCUCGUUUUGUGUUCCAUGGAAGAAAGAAAAUUGGAAGGUUGGAACAAACGUGAACGUUUCUGAAAAUUCUAAAAUGGAAAUUCUCUCAUUUACUCGCCCUCAUGCCAUCCCAGGUGUGUACGACUUUCUUUCUAAUGCAGAACACAAAUGAAGAUUUUAGAAGAGUAUCUCAGCUCUGUAGGUCCAUACAAUGCAAGUGAAUGGUGACCAGAACUUUGAAGCUCCAAAAAGCACAUGAAGGCAGCAUAAAUUAAUUCAUAUAACUCUAGUGGUUUAAUCUAUGUCUCUAGAAGCGGUAUAAUAGGUGCGGGUGAGAAACAGAUCAAUAUUUAAAUCAUUUUUUACUGUAAAUCUCCACCUUUGACCAGCCCUGACCAGUAGGUGGCGAUAUGCACAAAGAGUGUGAAUUGCCAAAAAAGCUUAAAUAUUGAUCUAUUUCUCACUAUUAUAUCACUUCAGAAGACAUGGAUUAAACCACUGGAGUCAUAUUCUUACUUAAUGCUGCCUUUAUGUGCUUCUACAUUUUAAAGUUCUGGACAGAUAUUCUUCUAAAAAUCUUCAUUUGUGUUCAGCAGAAGAAAGAAAGUCAUACACAUCUGGAUGAUAUGAGGGUGAGUAAAUGAUGAAAGAAUUUUCAUUUUGGGGUGAACUAUCCCUUAAAGCUUAAAGCCUCGUGUACAAAUCUGAACAAAGCCUCUCUUUCCAAGUCACUGAUCUGUGGACUGUCUGUAUGGGCACUUUUUGUUAAUGUUAAAGAGACAUAUUUAUAUGUCAUGUAACUUGUUUUGUAUAUCCAGAAGAGUACAAAUGUUUCUAUCAAUCCUGUCUUGUGGAAAAUCUGUGACCAACUGAUGGGGUGUAUCACAGGCUGUUUUAGUUUAAUAAAAAUGCAAGUUUUGUUGGAAUA